GUGCGUCUGGGCUGGGACAGUGAAAAUGUUCAGUGUCAUCGGCGACAAAUACACAUACAGGGGACCCCGCUAGGCAGGCUGGUGUGUCGGGGGGGCCCAGGAAGCCAGGAGCGAAGUCCAACGUAGCUGCGGGCACACGUACGUGUGGCCAACCACAUGUGUGCGUGCUAUAAGGAGCAACUUUAGUUUUGGUUUUUAUUUUGGUUCCUGGGGCGAAUUUUCUGUUGAACAUUUUUCCCUCUUGUUAAAAAAAAAAAAAAAAAAAAAAAAAAAUUUUUUUUUUUUUUGCGUUUUUAACAUUUUGAUUAUAAAAAGUGUAAGAAUCCAACCUUUGAAAGGACUGAGGCGUGCAGCAGACGGCAGAUGGAUCCGGUGGCCAGCAGCUGCAUGAGGGGCCCCCACCCCCCGGCCCCGGUCUGGGGCUGCCUUCGAAACCCCCACUCGGAAGGCAGUGGGGCCUCAGGCCUCCCCCACUACCCGCCAACCCCGUUCUCCUUCCACCAGAAACCAGACUUCCCAGCGACAGCGACGGCAGCGUACCCCGACUUCUCGGCCUCCUGCCUGGCAGCCACCCCGCACAGCCUGCCCCGGGAGGAGCGCGGCUUCACCGAGCAGCACCCCGCCUUCCCACAGCCCCCCGACUGGCACUUCCCCUUCUCGGAGGCCCGGUGUAGGCUCAACCCAGGCCCAGCGGGGGGCUCCAAGGAGAUGGGAGCCAGCAGCCCAGGCCUGGUGGACACCACGGGAGGCCCAGGCGCGGACUAUGAGGUCCUCGGGAGCACUGCCAAUGAGACGGAGAAGAAGUCAACCAGACGGAAAAAGGAAAGUUCAGACAACCAGGAGAACCGAGGGAAGCCGGAGGGCAGCAGCAAGGCCCGCAAGGAGCGGACGGCCUUCACCAAGGAGCAGCUGCGGGAGCUCGAGGCUGAGUUUGCCCAUCACAACUACCUGACCCGGCUGCGGAGAUAUGAGAUCGCCGUAAACCUGGACCUCUCCGAGCGGCAGGUCAAAGUGUGGUUCCAGAAUCGAAGGAUGAAGUGGAAGCGUGUGAAGGGGGGUCAGCCCAUCUCCCCCCAUGGGCAGGACCCCGAGGAUGGGGACUCUGCCGCCUCUCCAAGUUCAGAGUGAGAGUCUCCAGGGAGAAAAACAAGACUGAGGACUGAGCCCCCUACCAACCACCCCCACCCCAAUCCCACCUUCACCUUCUCCCAUCCCCGCAGGGCAGCCUCUCGUGUCCUCACAGUGACUCUUGGAUGGGAAGCUGCCCAGGGUUUCUGGGAGCCUCGAAGUGUCCCAGAAAGUUCUGUCCAGCAUUUCUUCCCACAAUUCUCAUGGAGUCCAUCAUACAGCGGCCAGACUGGACCUGUGUGAAUCCUGGGAAUAGCUCCAGGGACACUGUUUCUCGGGGUCUCUGCUGCCACCCACCCCUCCUCUCACCACCUUCCUCCUACACCAGCCAGGCCUCCUCCAGGUCUAGACACCUGGCCUGCUGGGAGAGGAGCCUUAGGACCAGCUGGUGACUCAUGAAAGCAGAUGCCCCAAAGAGACCCAAGGAGAUACACACACCCUAGACCACCCUUCCUUUCUGGGCUCUAUACCUGAGGCUUUGGGGGACCUCAGUUGUCCCAAAACCCAAGGGAAAAUCAGUGUGAGGAAGUUUGAGGACAGAAACUUGCUGCUACAGAUCAGAAGCCAUCCCUGGAUCCAAAUUUGCUGGCUAAGUGGGCAAGUUCAUGAGCGCUAGCUGGAAGCAGACAGUCGGGAGAACAGCCUAGUGUAGGUCUCUGUGGUCCCCACACAGGCCUUUCACGCUGGCUUGAUUGGGUGAUGAGAAUGGACCCAGGACAGCACCUGCUUCUUCAAAAUCAGUUCACACACACACACACACACACACACGUCAAUUCACAGAUACACCCGGGACUGCUGAGCAGGACACCAGAGCCCCAGAACAGCUAUUCUUUUUAAAUCUAUAAUUUCUGGGUUGGAAACUUAUCCAGAUGCUCACAUUGUUGAGGUGAGGGCUGGAGAAGGUCCCCUAUGUCCUGAGGAUGGAGGGAUCACACUAGGGCCUAGAAAUGUGGAACCCUAACAUGGAAGUUUCUCCAGCUGCAAUGUCCUAUGCUUUCAAAGAACUCUGACCACAAACAAGGACCAAAAAAGUCCCCCUUUCUCCAUGGGAUGCCUCUGAGGCCCUCCGAUGUGUUCCACAAACACUGUUAUGAUGGGAGGAGCUGCCACGUUUAUGUGUGUGGACUGCCCAGAUCCCCUGGGACUGUUGGCCAAACAACCUGGGUGACUGAUGCCUUGAGAAAGGCCCCCUGCCUGCCUCAGUGCUCUGUCCCCCAACACCAGCUGGUGUUGCAGAGGGAGGUCAGUGAGAGUUUGGAGCUCUUGUAUGUAGAUGUAAUCAUUCACGUGUUUUAAAAAAAAAAACAACCCACCUCCUCAUCCCAAAAGGACAGACGCUGUAGAAAAUGAUUGCCAAAUGAGAUGGCUGGUUAGAGCCUGUGUAAUUUUUUCUAAAGCAUACUUCAUCUAUUUUCUUUAGAUUACAUCAAGUUAACUGUGUAAGGUCAAGUCACUUAGUAAGAAAACUCUUUGAGAAAUAAAAUCAAUAAGAAAAAGCAAAGUUCCCAGGUCUUUUUCCCGGCAGAGCUAAGAACCACAGCUCUGUUCUCAGUCCUCUGAUGCUCACAUGAUGAUCAGCCAGACAAGGCCUAGAAGCAAUGAAUAAAAGGAGGAAAUCCUCUAGACCAAGGUAUCCCUUGGUUCUUCAAAAGGUGGGGGUGCAAAUGUAACUGAUGUUAAAAAAAAAAGAAAAGAAAAAAAAAAAAAAACUCUUCUUCCUUGCAACUGUAUAGUCUUCAUUUCCCAUUGAAAAAUUUUAGCUUUCAGUUUCCCUAACCCACGGCUUAUCAAAUAGACCAAGUUCCAUAAACAAAAGUUCCGUAAACUCUUUUGUUAAUAAAGGAAUCUUGACCAUAAACUAACCAUCCCUAAUUUUUAAAUUCUAGGUUUGAAAGUUUUUGUUUUCAGGGUACAACAAUAUACACCAGCAGUAAU